UUUCAUCAUCCGAAGAAAAAAAUAUUUAAAGAAGAAGAAAUGGCGCCUUUGAAUCCUGUUUUGCCUCUAGUAUUCCUCUUAUUGACGACGUUCUACCACCUUGGCGAGGGCCGUGAGGCUCACACAUUUCUUGUGGGAGGAUCAGCUAACGGAUGGAAGGUUCCAGAAUCAUCUGACAACAAGACUCUCACCCAUUGGGCUGAGACCCAAAGAUUCCUAGUAGGAGACAGUCUCGAGUUUGACUUCGAUAUGACGAAAGAUUCGGUGUUCCAAGUGACAAAAGAAAACUACGAAAAGUGCAUUACAGAAAAUCCAUCGAAAAACUAUACACACAAUAAAGUCAUCCUGAAACUUGAUGUCUCAGGUCCACACUACUUCAUCAGUGGAACUCCUGGUAAUUGCGCUAAAGGUGAGAAACUGAUCGUCGUGGUUGCGUCAACUGGACACCCGCCCGCACCACCCUCGCCCAAGCCCGUACCACCCACGCCCAAGCCCGUACCAGCUACUGCUCCACCAACUCCUUCAAAGCCUUCUACUUCCCCAACACCAGCUACUGCUCCACCAACUCCUUCGAAACCUUCUACUUCCCCAGCACCAGCUCCAAACGCUGCCGCUGGGUUGGUUGCUGGAAGUGGCAUCUUCUGGGCCUUUGUUGCUGUCAUUGGAUUCGCUUGGGCUUAAGCCUCUUUAUUAAAAGAUGAAAUAUUUGUUAUGGAACCAAAUCAACUAUGUUCUAGAAAAUAAUGAAUUAUCUGAGUUUAUGUCAUAUUUGACAUUUACUAAUAAUUAAUUUACAACAUUUUUUGUUCUUGUCAACAAAUUUAAUUUUAAUACAUACUGUAUCAGUUA